AUGCCUCCGAUAUCCUCUCAGCGACGCGCCUUGACCGAAAAGAACGCAUCACUCACUGAUGAUGAUGUCGGGUUUCUCUACCAGGUUGUCAUUUGCGCCGAGGGCAAACCCGAGGUCGAACGCCUUCCAUUUCGAGCGCUAUUUGCUGCCUACGACGAAGUUCUCGGCGAACAUGGCGUUGACUCUGAUCCCGGCCAGGCAUGUCUGCGCUUUCUGUUCAAGAUGGGAGACAAGGACGUACAGGGCGCGACACUCUUUGAUAGAUUCGAGAACGCUCUCCGGCAAAUGGGAAUCGUGAUAGAGCUUGGGGAGGAUGGAUCGACGACAGAUCUUAACGAAACCCUAGAGCAUGAACAGUUUUCCGUCCAGGGUACUCUCAGUCAGACCACCGAUCAUGACCACUAUCCUGCAGCGAACGGAACCCCAAUCACUCCACGGAGACGCGCUUCAUUCAAUACAACCUAUGAUAUCGGCGAGGACGCCACAAAUAAGAGCUUCGCCGAGCGCCCAAGCUCUCGCUCCUCGAUGUCUCGACUUCAGACUGGAAAACCCGAGUUUUCGAAUCCCAAGCUGUCCCCAAAGCCCAGAACCUCGGGCCCAGCACCAAAAUCUCCUGACCGCACACAAUUAAUUGCACAAUUCUUGGAUGUUGGCCGUCGUUUAAUAAGCAGAUUUGACUCUGCACAAGAAAGAAACAAAGACGUGAAUGAGGAGCCUCCACCAUUGACGAAUGGACUGCUGGCGCGGUCGGCUGUUGACCAUGAUCGGUCCAAGAGAAUAAAAUCAGCAUCCAAAUCCCGGCGCUCGACGUCUAUGAGUUCUUCGGACACGUCGGGGUCCGGUGAAACACAAUCUCAAAUUUCGCAAUUGACAGAGCAUGAAUCUUUCGAGAAAGAGAACAUUCCGCCUGAAUUGUUAUAUCGACCUCAGCUUUCGGACUUGCUACGAGAUGCAUCUACCUUCAAUAUGUAUCGUCAACGAGCCAUCUGUCGCCGAAUCUUGACUCAGUGGUUGAAACGAGCCUUUCAAACUCGCCAGGUUCGUGAAACUAGGGAAUCUGUUGCUACCAACCGGGACCGAAACACAUUGCUUCGACAGGCCUUUGAGCCAUGGCGGGCACUCAUUCAACAAAAACGACAUACAGUCAGAACAGAGCGAUUUUUUAAGCACUUAGAGGAACGAGCCAGUCGCGCUCGAGACCUGUACUUGAUGACCAAAGCAUUCACGCACUGGGCUCAGCUCACGUCUGAGGAAGUAGCUCGCACCUCGGCUGCUCGGCAGCGUGUUUUAAGUGUCAAAUACUUCAAUGCCUGGCGUGAGAUCACGGCAGUCAAUGAAUUAAAAGCACAACGCUUUGCUUUACAGAGGCCCUUCAACAAAUGGCGUAAAAAGAUUUCAGAUCUCAAGGCAGCAGAAACACAGGCGGUCUUGGUUCACAAUGAUAAUAUACGGAAUACCUCAUAUUGGCAGUGGUUCUGGUGUUUUUGCGAAAGGCGUGCCCCUGAAUGGUAUGAAAAUCGGCUCAAAAGACGUUCACUUCUUUACUGGCUACGGACUUUCCGCACCAACCGAGAGCGCGAGCAUGAUAUAGCUGUCCAUAACCGACACUCGUCUCUGGCUGGGGUUCUUCAGAUGUGGUCAGAAAGGUCGAAAAGCAUUGAUAUUGCACAACAAAACGCUGAAAUUUAUCGGCAUCAUCAGACAUUGAAAGAAACAUUUCAAGAGUGGAAGAUAAAAUCUCGGCUAGCCCCGGCGGCUUCUCGGGUGUCUCAUAUGGUGAACACGCGAAUUUGUGGGAAUGCUUUUUCGAAAUGGAUUUCCAAGGCUCGCAUGGCUGGCCAAGCAGAGGAAAUAAAUCGCGUUAGAAUUGAGAGAAAUGCGUGGAUAUCCUGGAAUGAUACUCUUCGGUGUUUGGCUCUUCAGGCCCGGAUUGAUGAACGUUUGAAAAUGGAAACCAUGUAUAAGUGGAUUCUCAUGGAGCGAUAUCAGUUGAUGGUGAGAAUUCGCGAACAGCGCAUCAAGCGCGAGGCGUUUUCUCGAUUUGUGACCAACACACGAGACACAUACACCCGGUUGCUAUUUUCUGCGGAUGUUCAUGAAGAUCAUCGGGCUGAAGACCUGGUGCGAUUCAAGUUUGCAGUCUGGCGUGAUCAACUACUUCGUCAGCGGGAACGGGAAUAUGCAGCCUUCGAAUUUUAUGCACCUCGCCUGGCACAAGAGUCACUUAUGGCUUGGAAAUCUAAGCACCAGCAGAUUGUCAAAAUGGAAAGCUGGGCUCAUGACGCGGAGUUUUAUUUCGUCAUGAAACGAUCAUUGAAGAAUUGGCACCAAGCUAGACUUGAUUCUACCAAGAGACGACGCAAGGACGCAUAUUCAAAGAUGCGACGAAAGGUCAAGAUAAAUAUGGCAUCCAAGGCAAUCGCUUCUUGGACCUCCAAAUCUCAUGGAAUUGCUGAUAUGGAACUCCAGGCAAGCCAGCUUUACCGUCAGAAGCUCCUCCGUACUGUGUCUGGGAUUUUCCUUGGGUGGCAUGAGAAGACCCUCAAACGGAUUCAAGAUUAUCAAGAGGCCGACUUUCAUUACCUCAGGGAGAAUGCCUUCCAUCAACUGAUACAAUUGUACGAGGCUUGUGUCAUUCGCCGUGAAAUGCAAGACCAGGCCAAUUCAUUCCAUCGCUCUCAUGUCCUCCAUGCAGCAGGUGCAGCAUUUCGCAAGCUCAGCCUUCGUAUCUUCCAAAUGAGGAACACGGUUGAGACUGCGGAAGCAAUGCGAGAAAGAACUCUUCGAAAGCAUGCAAGGAACUUUUUCCGUCACUGGGUAGAGAGUGCCCAGUUCAAACUUGAAGCGCGAGAUUCGCCUGGUCCAGCCCUAACAUCGGCUCAAUUCUCAAAUUAUGGGGCAGUUGACGACACUGGGACGGCACUCUUUGACCCAUGGUAUCAGAACCCGUCAGAGACUCCUUUCAAGAUGACUGAUUUCACGACCAAUUCACUGGACCCGGUCUCCGCAAGCCCGCUGGCCACCCCAAGCUACAUGACAUCGCCAUCUAAACGCGCCGCUCGUGCCCGAGCAUUGGCUCAGAUGUCUACAACCCCUGCUACACCUCUCCACACACCCUUUGCCAGUCGACUGCUUCGAGCUGAGGCAUCCGCUCCUCGAACCGCUUCCUCCCGACGGCCGCAAACAGGUCGCAGAAGUUUGACGGGAACUAGCGUUCGAUUUGUGGACGAGGAGUCGCUGCCUGAAUCUCCCACUGAUGGCCGCAAGUCGGCCAACCGACGACCAUGA